AUUCUGUAAUAGUUUACUUUCAAGUAGGAGCUCGGCCAUUUUAAUUUCGUCUGUAACGCUGAGUAGCUGUGUUUCUUACGGAGUUAAGUACGGUAUGCAAUUUAUUUAGAGGAUAUUUAUUUCAAUUUUUUCUAAUUACAAUACAAAUGUUUAAUAAUCUCAAUGUUUAUUUCUUUUAAAUUAUAUUAAGUUAAGUCUAAAAUUUUCUUCAAACUAAUUACAUUUUCUAACGUUUUUUACACACGUGGUUCCAACAAAUUUUAUAUUUGUUAUCUUAUGUAGAAAUAUAAUUUUACAGCGUUGUAAUAAAUUUGUUUAUUUAAAAAUCAUAUGUAUUUGAGAUUUAAAAAAGAAUACGUUUUGUUAAAUGUAUAUUAGGUAACGGCCGUACAAAAUGGUUAACGGACGAAUACCAUCAGUUUUCUCGAAAACUUAUGUUACUCCAAGGAGGCCUUAUGAGAAGGCUCGUUUAGAUCAAGAAUUACGUAUUAUUGGUGAAUAUGGCCUUCGUAACAAGCGUGAAGUAUGGAGAGUCAAAUACACCCUAGCAAAUAUCCGAAAAGCUGCCCGUGAACUUCUUACUUUAGAAGAAAAGGAUCCUAAACGUUUGUUUGAAGGAAAUGCUCUUUUGCGUCGAUUGGUAAGAAUUGGAGUGUUGGAUGAAAGUCGUAUGAAACUUGAUUAUGUUCUUGGCUUGAAGAUCGAAGAUUUCUUGGAAAGACGACUUCAAACUCAAGUAUUCAAGUUGGGUCUUGCCAAAUCUAUUCAUCACGCUCGUGUACUUAUUCGCCAACGUCAUAUUAGAGUACGCAAACAAGUAGUAAACAUUCCAUCCUUUAUUGUGAGAUUGGAUUCGCAGAAGCACAUUGACUUCUCAUUGAAAUCUCCGUUUGGUGGUGGCAGACCUGGCCGUGUCAAGAGGAAAAACUUGCGUAAGGGAAGUGCAGGAGCUGCUCCAGAGGAAGAAGAAGAUUAAGCUAUUUUUUAUGUAAAAUUUUCAUUAUUAAUAAAGUUUUAAUCUUUAUCUGAAUUUGUGUUUCUUCAGAUGUAAAUAAAGAUAUGUAAAGAACGUAAUCUUCAGAAAAUCCUGAAAAUUAAUAAGAAAAUAUUAGCGAGAAUUCAAAUUUUUGCUUAAUGGAAACAAAAAACGAAUAUAAAGAGAAAAGAUUUAAAAAAAUAUUGCUAAUUUUUAAUCUCUUCUGGUAAAUUGUUUCGACAAAAUAAUU